AUGCAAGCUCUAAAUAAGAACACAACAAACUUUUCAAACUAUUCUAAGAUAUCUGAGUCAUUGAAAGAAGGAAACUUAAAACUGACAUUAAACCCAAUGACAGAUGAGUUUCUGUUUCAAGACAAUAAGAACCAUACUGUCUGUAUAAAUCCAACAAAAGGAACUUUAAACGAGAAACCUAUAAAUGAACUUCUUUUGAAAGCAGAUAUUGACAACAAAGCUGACAAAGAAUAUGUAGAUGCAACAAGAGACUAUAUUCUCGCAUGGACAGAUAGAACAUACCCACAAAAACAUCAUACACAUAACAUCUAUGACGUAGAUGAACUACCAGCAAUGUUAGAUGACAAAGCAGAUAAAACAUAUGUUGACAAUAAAAUGUCAAGUGAAGUGACAAGAGCUGACAAAGAAUAUUCUAAAAAGACUCAUACACAUACCAUAUCUGAUAUUACAAACUUACAAGAAACCUUAAACAGGAAAAGUGACGUUGGACAUACACACGAUUUCUUCGCAACUGUUGGUAUAGAAAAUAUUGAAGGAACGGUUGAAGAAACUGGUGGGGAUGUAUUAAAUUGGAAACCUCCUAACUUUCCACAAGGUUUAACAUCGGAAGAAGACAUAACAACGAUGAGAUACAUUAGAU